UUCCAGAGUUUUUGCAAAGGGGCAGUACUUUGACAUUCUGCUUUCCGCGUCUCAUUCGUCCGAGAACUGUCAGACGAGCGAAUCAGGUGCAAAGAAAAAGAACGACACUCUCUAGCUGCUGGAAGAGUCGGAAGUUUUGAUCAACGGUUCGACGUUCCGAUUCACGGGAAAGGAUUAACGUCACAAAAUGGGCAACUAUUUAUCGCUCUACGUAACCAACCCGAAGGGAACUCCGAAGCCCCUAACGGACCCUUCCUUCGAUGCGAAUAUGGGUUUCCCGAACGGCCGGAAAGAAAGAGUGAUGAUUGCCACCGAACAGGAAAUGGAAGCCGCCAAACUGCCACUGGCCGAUCGGGAUUACUGUGCCCACAAGCUGAUCGCCUAUCGUGCCUGCCGAGCGGACGUUUGGCCGUGGGCGUACAAGUGUGCCCACGAAAAGCACGAUUAUCUCAACUGUGAAUACGAUGACUACAUCAACCGAAUGAAGGAAUACGAACGCGAGAAGCGAUUGCUCCAGAGAAAGCAGAGAAUCGAAAAGAAGCAAGCCCAAGAACUGCACGCUUGAAGAGCACCCAUCGCCAGAGUGUUUCCUCCGAUCGAGAACUUGUUAAAUAUAAAUUUAGUAGCACUGGCCAAAAGCCAACCAAUGUAAAACAUCAACAGACGUUUUCAAUUCUUCAGCCGAUUCGUUCUAUCAAGCUUUCUAAUAAAUACGGAUAACGGUUUUAGGGGUAAAAUAAAAUAA